ACUUCCCUGUUGCUGUCUCCAUGAUGUCUGUCAGCCGUCUUCAAAUGACUUCUGUACAACGAGUUUAAAGGUGUCAUCACUCCCUCUGCUGGCCACUGGAGAGAAUGCAGCUGGCGAAGAUGAGGACACGAGCGCUACUGGUAACGGGCCUGGUGCUGCUCGCCUUCCGCUGCCACGCUGGGGCCAGCGACGAGGGCGCCGAGACACAAACGGCCGCGGGAGAGAGCGAGAAGGAGGCCCGGGAGGUCGGGGGAGGCCAGCACGAGAAAGAGAAGACCGGCGACAUAAAGGAGGAGAGCGACGUGAUGGUGCUCCAUGCCAACAACUUCGCCGGGGCGCUCAACCAGACCAAGUUUUUAUUGGUGGAAUUUUACGCCCCGUGGUGCGGCCACUGCAAGCAACUGGAGCCCAUUUUCGCCGAGGCGGCCCACAAACUGAAGAAAGACGAGGCUGCCGUCGGCCUGGCCAAAGUGGACGCCAUUGACGAGAAGGAGCUGGCCGAGGAGUUCGCCAUCGCCAGCUUCCCCACCCUCAAGCUCUUUGUGGACGGCAACCGAAAGCAACCCGUCGACUUCACUGGUAAGCGGACAGUCACGGGAAUCAUCAAGUGGUUGAAACGUCGCUCCGGUCCUGGCGCGUCGGUCCUGGACACCCCAGAGUCCGCUGCUCACUUUGUUGAUACCUACAACAUCGCAGUCGUGGGAUUUUUUAAGAGUCUGGAAAGUGACGCGGCUCAGGAGUUCUCAGAACUGGUCAUGGACAUGACCGACACGGAGUUCGGGAUUACGACGUCUCCGGAGGUGUUCCAGAAGUAUGAAUUGAAAUCCGACGCGGUGGUGCUCUUCAAAAAGUUUGAUAGCGGCAGAGCAGACUUUGCCCUGUCCGACGACGGCAAGCUGGACAAAAGCAAUCUGACCAAGUUCAUCCAAGAAAACAGCCUGGAGCUCAUCAUCCCCUUCACCAAGGAGACAGGAGAUAAAAUCUUCAGCUCCAGUGUUCGCCUUCACUGCCUGCUCUUCAUCAACUCCACCGUGGCGAGCCACACGGCGCUGGUGGACCAAGUCAGGCCACUCGCCGAGGCCUACAAGGGCAAGAUGCUGUUCAUCACGAUCGAUGUGUCGCCCGCGGUGUCCUUCGUGCUCGACUUUUUUGGCGUGUCGGCGGCCGACGCGCCCACAGCUCGCAUCAUCAACAUGGACACGGGGAAGAAGUUCAAAGUUGACUCGGCGGACCUCGCGACUGCCCUGCCGCCAUUGUGUCAGCAGGUUCUGGAUGGUACGGCCAAGCAUUACUAUCGCACUCAAGACGUGCCCGAGGACUGGGAUAAAACGGCUGUGAAAGUCCUAGUGGGGAAGAAUUUUGAGUCGAUUGCUCUGGAUCCAACCAAGAAUGUCUUUGUGGAGUUUUAUGCUCCGUGGUGUGGCCACUGCAAGCAAUUGGCCCCCAUCUGGGACCAGCUGGGCCAAAAAUACGCCGAGCGCGACGACAUCGUCAUCGCCAAGAUGGAUUCCACCGCCAACGAGUUGGAGGCGGUCGCCAUCACCGGGUUCCCCACACUCAAAUACUUCCCGGCGGGUGGAAAGGAGGUGGUGGAGUAUACGGGGAAGCGAGAUCUGGAGACAUUGUCGAAGUUUCUGGAUAACGGCGGCGUUUUGCCCGAGGACGACGAUGACAACGAGGACGACAGCGACAACCAAGCAGAAACUGGCGAGUUUUUGGAGAAGGCGGAAAACACGACGGCUCAUAAAGAUGAGCUGUGAUGGCAUUUUUCACAUUUUUAACGCAAUAAAAUUCCUUUCAGGGACAAAAAACUGAAGGC